GCAUUCGGCUCUCUCUAGGACCCAGCGCAGCUCUUACAUGCUCCACCGCUUGCCCUCUGUCUGGCAGAGCGUGUGGUGCCCCUGGAAGAGCGGUGCCCUACGCCACUGCCUAUGGCUAAGGACGGCCCUGGGCAUGGAACCUCCAUGGCCAGCCUGUCACCAGCUAGGGCUGGCGUUUAAAGGGGCAGCGUCCACCUAGUGAAGCCCCCUGUCCUGCCCCCCCAGCCCCUUGAUCCUGAGCCCCUACGAGAGAUCGUCUCCCUCCCCCCCCACCCGUUCCUGGUGCUCCUCUCGCAGGGCAGGGCUGAUGGGUGGGUGCUGAGGUAGCUGGGAGUGGGGGUGAUGAGAUGGCAGGGCGGUGGGUGGAGGCGUGGCAGGUGUUUGCCAGGAGUCAGUGAGGGUGGGGAGGAGCCCAGUGCAGCGAGAAGCCAGGGGCACUGCGGGAAGUGGCCGGUGGAUCAGGAAUGUCCCAACCCACUCCCCUGGUUUAAUCUCUGUCUGCCCUAGUGUGCCUGGGCUGCGCGGCCCCAUGGCCCCGUACCGCAUCCGGCAGUACGAGGACGGUGACUACGAGGCCGUGCGCACCAUGUUCGGACGUGGGAUUAAGGAGCACGCUCCUGCUGGCUACAUCCACGUGUUGAAGCAUCCCCAGACCCAGCUGCUCUUCCUUGGCCUGUUCCUGGUGGUGCUUGCGGCCUCCGGGUCCCUCCUGGUCUCCCUCCUGGCUCUCCUGCUCGCUCUCACCGGUGGCUGGUUUUUCAUCCGGUCUCUCUGGACCGAUUACGUCCAGCAGUCUCUUCGCAAUGACCUACUGGACAUCCGGAGAACCUACCUGGAGGCAGUAGACUCUUGUCUCUGGGUUGCAGAGGCUGAGGGGGCGGUGGUGGGCAUGGUGGGGGCCGUCCUACCCAAGGACUCCUCAGAAAGGGGGCAUGCCCUGGAACUGAAGCGUAUGUCCGUGGGGAGGGAGCACCGGGGACGGGGCAUCGCCAGGGCGCUCUGCAGGACGGUCAUCCGCUUCGCCCAGGAACGCGGGUACAGUGCGGUCGUGCUGUCCACCUCCAUGGUUCAGUACUCGGCCCAGCAGCUGUACGAGAGCAUGGGCUUCCGGAGGGUCUCGCAGAGGUCCCCAUCGCUCCUCGCCAGCUUCCUGCAGUUCUCCGUCUUCUAUUACCGAUACGAGAUUCCAGGGUCUCGCUGAAGGCUCAGGGCGGGGCGAUUCUUCACCUGCCUGCUCAGCCGCUGGGAGCUUUGCCUGGCUUGUUAAUUAACUCCCAGCAAGUUGCUACUUUUUUACCUUUUCGGUUAAAAAAUAAACUGAGCUUGGAGGAAAA